GAACCAUGUGGCCAGUCAGUGAAACAUCCGGAACAACAACAAGUGCGCGUGGUUUUCUAAAAGUACUGUGUUGUUUGUGGAUUUUUCAGUGCGAUCUGAAGAAGUGACCGACCAAUUACGCAAUGAAGAGUUCAGCAAAGUGCAGUGCCAAUCUUUUUGAAAGCUACCUGGAUUUUUCUGCAAAGCCUGACAAACUGCAAAUGGGUGGAUUCAGCUUUUCGUGUCGUUAGCUGCCGCGCGGCGAUAUGAUCUAGCUUCAACAUGCGUCCAAGAAGUGAAUCUGCUCUGACUCUUCUCGAACAGAGAGAUGAUUCUCCAGAGAGGCACCACUCGGUGGGUCACCAGCCGAGGCCUUCAUCCUACCUGGUGCUGCUGAACUCGCUGGCAAGUGAUCUUGACUUGAUGCUCAGUGAUUUGUGCACCACCCCUCCGCCACCUGAUGAUGCAGAGUCAAGACAGCCCCUUCUCGGCCGGGAUUUGAACGAGAGCGAGGGAUCGCUGGAGGACGUCAGAGGCGAUGCCUUUCUCGAGCCGUACAUGCAAGGGUUGGGCCCAGCAAGAGAGUCACCCUUGUUGAGACUGGACGCCGACACAGACUACGAUGACGACGAGAACAAUCGGCCGCCGUCGCCUGUGGAGGCCCCGGUGGCCGCCCCACGGAUGCUGCACGCCUCCUCGCCGCCUCACGCCACCCUGCUCUUGCACGAAACGCAACCCGCGACGCUCAUCACCGAGUCCAACGGCGUCGCCUCCAAGUUCAAGAUGAUCGACCUCACGCACAGGGACAGUGACGUCACGGUCGCCACCACAUUUUCGACACAGAGCGUGAGCGUCCCUAGAGGAAUGACCUCCGAGGAUGAGGGCGACGACGAAGGCGAGGAAGAUGACGAGGACAGCUGCGGACAGGCCAGCAGCAGUGGCGGCGGCUCCAUGGCACCGUGCGACAUUGGACUGGUCGAGCGACUCAUCAGGUCGCAUCCUGUUUGGUUUCUAGCCGGCCUUCAAAGGGCAGGAGCGGUUCAUUUGCUGCAGGGGAAGGAGGAAGGGAAUUUUGUCGUCCGUCAGUCAAGUCAGGCGGACACAAUGGCCAUAUCAGUGCGACUGCCUGCUGGUAAAGGGCCCUAUAUCGAGCACUACCUGGUUCAGGCCACUAGCACAGGUCAGCUGGCUCUUGAGAGCUCCGAGAACAAGUUUGAUGACAUUCCUACCCUCGUGGCACAUUAUGCGCAAUGCUGUGAUGAACUACCAGUGCAGUUGACACUACCUCGUGCCAUCAGAGAAGCCAGAAAUAGGCAGCAACUCUCGUCGCUGGCUCUUCUAGGGCAAGAAUUUUGGCGUUAUCCGAUGGCCAAUCCUCGUCCUGAGAGGGGCACCCCAGGUGCAGAAGUGCCCCUCACUGCGCCCCUAACGGCACCACCGUCACUAAGGCUGAGCCCACCAAUUACCGCCGCCUCCGAAGACGAGCCUCCAGUGAAACAACAAACCCCCAAUAGUAGCCAGUCCAGCUUGUGUAGCUUCGGGUCCGGCAGUUGUUCCAUAAACAACCUCAGCAACAGCAAUCUCAACAACCUGCUGAACAAUAACAAUGGAAGUGCUUCCUCCUCACCCCCAAAAGACAACAUCGUCCUCAACCUUGCCCCUUUCAAAGAACCCUCCCCACCUUCCACUUCCAUUAUUCCCCAAAAGGCCGCGCGCCCAAACUCUUUGAACCUCCUCCAGUCAAAUUUGUCCUCUGCCACAAACAGCCCUCUGAGCCCCAACGCCAGCACCCCAACAACCAAAAGCAACCCCCCAAAACCACCGCCCAGGUGGGCCAAACCCAGUCAGAACUUUUCUGUGACCACUUCAGUGACCUUCCAAGUGAGCUCCUCCAUCACAACUACAACCCCGAAAAUUGAAGAAUUGCGGUCCGAAGGUUUGACCAGCCCUCAGCAAACCCUGCACCCUGGACUGAUCUGCAGCCCCACCGAGAGCAAGGCAGCCACCCCCACGACGGGACAUUCGAGCAGACGGUCAAAGAGAAAGGUCAGUUCGAACAAGGAGUCUUACCACUACCAGGAGUCGGACAUCCUCGAGUCUCCCACCGUCUAUUACAGAAGCUCGGUGGCGGACAAGAUCAGUGAUUACGAAGAUAUCUGGGGUCCGUCGCCCCCUGAGCACAAAAUCAAGUCGCCACAACAGGCACCCUCAAUAACGCCCGAGCUGUUGACCUUCAAACCGAGAAUCCCUCAGAGCGUAUCAGCUAACGAACUGAGUGGAGAUGACCGGAGACCUGAUCUUCUGGGCAGCUGCGCCUCUCUGAUGGGCAAAAACAAUCUCGUCAGUCCUGUCACAAGUCCAGUUUCACCCCUGAUCUUGGAGUCUCCCAUCAGCUCACCCCUAGACGAAGAGGGAAAUAAACCAAGUGGAAGUCCUUUUUAUGCUGAGCCAGCGGACGCCAUCAAGUUCAGUGUGCAGAGGCGCAAGCCUCGUCCCGCUGGGGUGGUUCCACAGCACAGGCAGAGGGUGCUUGCUAGCCACCGCCACUCGGACCCCACAAUUCAGCACACUUGGUGGCCGCCUCCACAAAUCAACGGCCGCCAGCACCAGCCAUUGGAGCGCAUCGAGUCUUCAGAGGAAAUCCACGCAGCGGCCAGUGUGGACAACAUCACAAUGCUGCGCUCACCCACAAGCACAGCCUCCACCCCAAUGAGUGCUGUUUCACACCAGCACCCUUUGAUCACCUCGUCGAGCAAUCCUCUGACCCCUAACUUGAUGGGACCAGUGAAAAUUCUGUCUGGGGUGUCCGAGUCCCAUUUGGCAGCUAUCAAAAGCAGACAGCAACCGAAGGCUAAGCCAGUGCAGGUUCCGCGAGUUUUGGGAAAAGCAAAAGGAAUAUCGAGAGGAGAUGGAUCGUGGGCUGUGGACAGUAGCUGGGAGUUUUUCGGCAGUCAGGCAGGCUCUCCUGCCAGUGAAGGUGUGGACGAGCCAGUGAGCAACCGGUUUCCACCUUUGAACUUUGACGAAGACUACGAGGAAGACGAUGUGGUCACCCACCUGGACUCUGAUGGAAAACUGCGGAGGCGCCUGCUUAAAAGGCCCCUCACUGCCCAAGAGCUGAUUGCUGAAAAGUGCCCUGAGCUGGGAAUCCCACCUGACAUAUCCAUCCCUGGCAUUGUUUCACCAGGCAUUAAUGACAACCCCAUAGUGCGUGAGAACUCCACUCACUCGAACAAUAGUGACUCAUGCCGUAUGUCUGCCUAUGACAAUGUUGAGGGGCUGAUGAACCACGGCCCCUAUUCUUCCAGAAGCUCUAAUUCUCAGGCCAGUGAUGAAGACGCCCACACGGUGUUUUCCGAACCUUGGGACAGUUCUCGCUGGGAGACCCUCCUUCUGCAAAAGAGCCAGCAGCAGCAAAUGCGGGACGAAGAUCGGCUCAGCUCUCACAAUGGCACCCCUGGUGGAGCCUCAACAAAUUCUUCCCUCGUGCACCUGAGUGGCGACCCUUUGAUUCCUGACGAGGAGGAUAUGACCCAGAACAGAUCUGCAAUGGAAUGCAAGCUGCCUCACCUGUCCAGGACAAAGAGCUUUAAGGACAGGAUGGACCCAUUGUUGUCUCCCCCUCGUCUUCAGGCGUUGAGGGCUCGAGAUGGCGGAAGCACCGGAGCGACGAUCAGGGCAUACGCCCUACAAUUGGCGGCUGACAAAAGCACCACCUUUGCCCAGAAUAUUGAAAACUUCAUCCAGUGCACCAGGGAGUCGAAGGAGCGCAGCCCUCACGUGGCUAUGAGGAACAUGAGGCAGUUCAUGUCUGGCAUGAAAAACUACCUGGUCAAGCACGGAGAGCGCAAUUUUGAAAAGGAGGUCGAAAAGGAAAGGAACAAGUUAAAGGCCAAUGAGUUUCUGAAUUUGGACGCAAUUUUGGAAGGCGUGAUGCACAAGCUGGUGGUUAGACCAUUGAGAGAGCAUCUUUAUCGUUUGUUUGUGGCCGAGUAUUCUCGAACUGGAGCGAUUCAGCUGCUGGCCAGCAAUAUCCAGUAUGCGCGCACUAAACCACCACAUGACUUGGGGAUCAGAGCUAAAAUUUCACCUCCAUCUGAGCAAUCCCUGCAUACCAUCUGUCACUACCUGACUCGUUUGCAACAGGUUGACUCGCCCUUGGAAAAACUGGAAAACCUCCUUGCUUGCAUAUCCACAAUAUUCAACUCUGUGAAAUCUUCCAAUCAAAAUCGAGGAGGAGUCCUUCUUGGUGCUGACGACUUUUUGCCCCUUUUUGUCUGGGUGCUUGUUAGGGGAGGCAUGGUGGCUGCGGAAAUCGAGGCCGAGUUCAUGUGGGGUCUGCUGCAACCCUCUCUACUUUCUGGAGAGGGCGGUUAUUACUUGACAACGUUGUCCAGCGCUGUCCAUGUGUUGAAGAACUUCAGGGCUUGCUAUGAGACUCAAAACCCAUCACUUGAUUGGAGAGGUGGUUCGCUGGCUGAGCUCCGGUCUGUGCUGCGAAUUGUCGUUCCAGAUGAGCUGCAUGGCUCAAUUUUGACCAAGACCCUUCCUGUGAGGCCCAACACAACCACCAGAGAUGUGUGCAAAAUCAUUGCUCACAAAAUUAGGAUCACUAACCCUCAAGACUAUGGACUCUACAAACUUGUUGACGGAGAAGAAACUUUGCUGAAUGAUGGCGAGUGCCCUCAAGAUGUGAAGGACAUUGUGAGUCAGGAUGGAAGGCACUGCGUCUUUGCGUACAAAAGAAUAGAUGCAAAAAUUGCCUGGCCAAGAACUUCUCCCUCUCCGAGCAGUACUUAGCAGCCGCUGGAGGUUCCAGUCAAACCAGGCUGGAACUUAAAAAGAUGCCAUCAUCUGAAAACUUUUUCUCUUAAGUCUAAGUAAACUCACUCAUCUUCACGCCCUCACUGCCAGUUAUAACACGCAGACGGCACAAAGUAACCAUUUCUUUUGUAUAUAUAAACAAGGGUUCAAUUUGACGCAAAAAAAGAACUGACUCUGCUGAUACACUGCAGUACUGUGUAAUUAAUAUGGUGUAGACUAGAAUUAUUUGACAGGCUCAAUAUUUGUACAUUUGUAUUAAUUUAUUUCUUCUUGCCUGCCUCCUAUGUUUCUAUACAUUUCACCCUUUUAACUUGUCAGAAAAAGCCACUUCUCUUUUUUAAAAAAGAAAAAAAAUCACUGUAUGUGAGAAUUUGUUCCCUGUAGUUGAGUUAGAGGAAAAACGAGGCCUUACCCACUGAUGUGAAAUAGUAGUUGUCCCUGGAAUAUGUGUAUGCAAUGCAUAAUCGCUGCUUCUCCUACGGCUUUUCUUAGAAAAGUUGCUUUUUAGUUUGAGAACAGCCCCAAAUUGUCAGAUGUGGUGUAGAAAAAUGUCUCCAGAUCUGACCACUUCACUCAACACAUUUAUUUAUUGUAGUAGCAAAAACGUACGCCUCUCUUGCUCAAGUCCUGACUAUAUUUUCAAUUUCUGCCGAUCGGAACAAGCCAACUCUCAACAGUUCUAUUUUGUGUAUCAGUGGUUUGAUGGAAUUGAUUAUUAAUAAUGCUAGUCAUAAAAUUAACUCUCCUUUUCCUCUGUCUUUAUUUCCCACAACUAGUAAGGUACGCACGGACUAUGGCCUAACUAAAAAAAGCAAAAUGUGUUUUGAGUAAUUAAUUUGUGUCAUAUCACACGCAAUUAUUAUUACAACCACUGUGUUAUCUUGGACUAACCCUCUCUCAGAGGUUGUUGGUUCAUUACACGCGCUGCUUACAUCAAUACAAUAAUAACUACAUAAUAAAGACGGUGGGAAAUCGCGCCUGUGGCGAUUUUGCACUCCCGCAAAAAAUGGAAUAACAAGAAAUUGCAGAUAAUAUGAUGUGUGUUAUCAUAUGUAUUAAGCUGUAAGACCUAUGUUGUCACCAAUGCAUCUUUGUAAUUAAUUAAUUCAAUGAGAUUUAAUUAAUAAAUUAUUAUCAUCUUUUAUCCUGAAAGAGUCCAAUAUUGGU